GCAAAAGUAUCUAAGAUCAUCAGGUUUUUAGAGUUUAUAACAAUCUGCUUAACUUGCUUGAUCUAUAUCAAAGCACUCUUUGAAGGUCAAGAAAGAUAUAUAUAUAACAGAGCUUAGAGUUGCUUAUGAAUAACGACGAAGAUGUACCGAAGUUGCCUCCUCCCACAUAUGAGGAGGCUAUUUCCACGAACUACUCACAACCCCAGAAUUCUCCACAGCCACCAUUAGCAUCUUCAAGACCACCAAUCCCAACUCAUAUACAAAGAACAGACGGAGGACUGCUGUCAAGCAGCAGUUAUUCUAAUUAUGUUCCAACACCUCCACCAAGACCAAGUUCAAGCAAUUCAGCCACUCAAGAUUUGUACACUGCAAAUCCUAACCUACCUUUUAAAUUUCCAAGAGGAUUCCUUUGUCCUAAAUGUAAGAAUAGUGGAUAUAAAAUAAGUAAUGGGAAAAUUUGUCGUGAUUGCUGGAAAACAUAUUACUUAAAAAAUAAUGCCUAUAAUCCAAAUCCCCAGCUUACUUUCCGAUAUCCAAAGAACUACCUUUGUGAGAAAUGCUCUAAUACAGGUUAUAAGCAUAAAAAUGGUAUGUCAUGUCAAGAUUGUUGGGAAUUAUUCAGUCCCAGAAAUAAUGUAAGAUCGGGAUACUCGGUACAGAGUCCUAUGGAUUCGUUCUUUGGUAUGGGUCAAUCAGCUUAUCUUCGUCCUGCUCCUCAAGUGGGUCCAUGGGGUUGGGGCCCUCCUGCUCCUGCUCCCCCACCGCUUCGAGUUCCUCCAGGUGAUCCAAGAUUGGGUGGUGUAUUGUGUGGAAGAUGUAGAGGAUCAGGUUUAAUUCAUACUUUUCUUCUUGAUGAUGAGUUGUGUAACGUUUGUCACGGUUUAGGAAGAGUUAUUCAUGGUCCACCUCAAGGAGGCUAUUAUGUACCAGGCCAAAAGCUUGGCCCCGGUGGCCCUGGAGGCCCAGGCGGCCAUCAUGGUUACGGUCCUGGUCCUGGUCCUGGGCAUGGGCAUGGUCAUGGUCAUGGUAAUGGUUACGGACAUGAUAGGAAACAUCAUUAAUAAACAUUUAAAUAGAAUAUUUUCUUUUAUAUUUACAUAAUUGAAUUCGAGCUAUAAAAAGAACACUAUAACUAGUUUGUAGAAUUAAA